AUGUAUACAUAUGAGCACACCACUCUACAAUUAAAUGAAUAUCAUUCGUUCACUACGGCAGUUCUUCAUUUUCUUCAAAAAUACUUCAAUCAAUUUCACCGAGCGCUAACAAACUAUUCCACCAUUCUCAAACAUCUUCAGACAAAAUCAUCUUUCCUCUCAUCGAACACAAAUCCGUCUCAUUCCCUAAACAAACAUCUACACCAUGCUUUAUCAUCCAUAAUUCAAAUAGUCAAUGCUGAAUGUCAACAUUUCGAACAACGAAGUCAGUUUCUCCGAGCCAUUCAUUUAACAGCGAAUGAACUUCAUCAACAAAUCAUCUCAUCGAAAAUUUCCAAGCAAAAACGUCACUUAAACAGAUACACUCAUCGAAUUACACGUUUAUAUCGUCAGAAAAAACGACACUAUCUAGAUCAAUUACUCCCUGAUAUACAGAAACACGAUAAACUCACAAUAUCCUACAAAGAUCAUCUGGAUAGAAUAGCAUCGCAAACCACAGAUCUUCUAUGGCAACUAUUUUCAUAUUCGCCAUACAAACAUCAUGUUAACUUAACUGAAACAUCGUUUGAAAACGAACCGACAAUUACUAUUCCACUAAUCGAAAGCAAAAUGGAAAACAUCCAUUUAUCACCUCCUAUUGAAUUAGGUUCGGGCGAUUCGUCACAUUGCCAAGCAGCAAAAGAAGAGCGACGAAAUCCAUCAACAAUUCUCUCGAACGAGAUCAUUGCUGACGAAGAUCUAUUAAACAGUGACGAUGAUGACACACAAUGGUUGAAUAUCACCGAACAGAAAACAACAGUUGUAUCAAUCAAUCAUAACAACAACAACCGAAAACGAUCAUUUACACGCAAGAAAGGCAUAGUAGAAUCGAAUGACUCACUACAUCUGUCGGAUAUAAGCUAUAUAACUGAUUAUUAUUCACAAAAUGAAUCAGACUGA